AUGUCCAGGGAGGGCGGGAGGGGCAGCUACAUCUCCCCCAAGCACCGCCUGAUUAAGGUGGAGAGCGCCGCGGGCGGGGGCGCCGGGGACCCCACGGGGGGCGCCUGCUCUGGCGGCCGCACCUGGAGCCCGACGUCCUGCGGAAGCAAGAAGCUGCUCAACAAGUGCGCCGCUCCGGCCGCGGAGGAGAGCGGGCAGGGCAAGAAGGAAAAGGUGACCAUAGCUGACGACUACUCGGACCCCUUUGACGCCAAGAAUGAUCUCAGGAACAAAGCCGGCAAGGGUGAGAGUGCCGGCUACAUGGAACCCUAUGAAGCCCAGAGGAUCAUGACAGAGUUCCAAAGGCAGGAAAGCGUCCGCUCCCAGCACAGAGGCAUCCAACUGUAUGACACCCCUUAUGAACCAGAAGGCCAGAGCGUCGACUCAGACUCGGAGAGCACGGUCAGCCCCCGCCUGCGCGAGAGCAAGCUCCCCCAAGACGACGACAGGCCUGCAGACGAGUACGACCAGCCCUGGGAAUGGAACCGAGUCACCAUCCCCGCCCUGGCAGCCCAAUUCAACGGCACCGACAAGCGGCAAGCAUCUCCCUCUCCUUCCCGGGACCGACGGCGCCAGCUUCGAGCUCCCGGAGGGGGCUUCAAGCCCAUCAAACAUGGGAGCCCCGAGUUCUGUGGGAUCCUGGGAGAAAGAGUGGACCCGACUGUGCCCCUGGAGAAGCAGAUAUGGUAUCACGGAGCCAUCAGCAGGAGCGAUGCGGAGAGCCUGCUGCGCCUCUGCAAGGAGUGCAGCUACCUGGUGCGGAACAGCCAGACGAGCAAGCAUGACUACUCGCUCUCCCUGAAGAGCAACCAGGGUUUUAUGCACAUGAAACUGGCCCAAACCAAAGAGAAGUACGUUCUGGGUCAGAACAGCCCCCCGUUCGACAGUGUCCCGGAAGUCAUCCAUUACUACACCACCCGGAAGCUGCCCAUCAAAGGGGCCGAGCACCUGUCCCUGCUCUACCCCGUGGCCGUGCGGACCCUGUGAGCAGACCAGCCCCGCCUGCUUGGACAGAGCUCGAGACUCGGGGAAGGGUGCUCCCCAGCCCUGGCCAGCAUGUCCAGUCUGUCCUGUGUACGGUACUAGCCCACCACUGCAUGUCUCUAAUGCUGCCACGCCUGGGGCUGGCGAAGGCCGGGACCAAGACAGAGACGAUGGUGAACGCACCACUCAGCCCUACCCAGCCCCUCCUUGAGUUCUCUGUGAAUUAAAACAUUUGCAAAUCCAAAGAGAGGCCUCCCGGGUGCACAGAGGCAGAGCAGCUCGGGGGGCAGGAGUGCCUGGUUGUGUCUCUUUGUUCUCCGGCUGUCACCAUGGCACACCUGUGCGUGGGCAGAGCUUCCCACCAGCGCCUGCAGACCCCCCAGAGCCAGCUGCUGGUGCUGAGGGAGCCCGGGCCCUCCCCGUGUGCAUGUGCGCGUGUGUGUCCAUCGUGGGAGUGAGCACGUGAAAGGACCGGGGCACAGGAGGUGUGAUAAACCCUCAGUCUUCUUGUAGUCCCUCAAUGUAAUCGGUAGGAGAUCUUCCAGGAAUCAUUGUGCAGUCAAGAAAAGGGUUCGAUUAUUUAUGAAUAGGGUGUGUAAAUAAAAUAGGCAUUUAAUACA